AUGAAGUGGCAGCUCAUUCUCACCCUCGGCGGCACUUUUCACAGAGUCGCUGGCCUGGAACUCAUUGGAGGAGAAGAGCAGGAUGACGGAGUCAUCUGCUAUACCUAUCUCUCGACGUAUCUAGCCCCAGUAGACGUCGCGAUCACUGGAAAAGAGUUGCUAAUAGCGGCCAACCUUCCGACAACGCGAGGGAUCUUGCCUCCGUACUUCACCAACCGUUCUACGUCUUUGCCUCUAUUCACAUUUUCUUCCAACCCAGAAUCCUCCGAUGCUAUUCCAAAGCCCACUUCAAUCGAUCUGUUCUCGUCGUCUGACUUUGUCAUUCCAUCAUCAGAGCCCAGCAGUCUGUUGCCGCCCACUAUAGCGACCUCAACCGAAGCGUCAGCUACCACCACCGGAGCUGUCUCUGGCCAAAAUGUCAUCUUGUUCAUCGCACCCCCAGCCAAUGAGAACCGGCGAUUCGUCAAGAGAGCACCGGGACGCUUCGUUGGUGGAUCUGACACUGUUGAGAUUUGUACUAACGCUGCUGUCUUUACCCUCGCAGAUGGACAGCUCUUGGAUAAUGAAGACCCUGUUUAUUACAAUGGAAAUCCCUAUGAGCAGUUCGGUGGUCAGGGAUCACCACCUGACGGUGCAAUCACGAGAGAAUUCGCCAGUGUAAACGGGGUGCUUACGUUUUCCAGCCGUUCAUUGCCUGGCAAUAGUGCAGGUUUCUGUCAGGAUGGCAGUGGGCAAGUAUAUAUGACUUUUGGGUCCAGCCCGCCAAGAUGUGAUCCAAUAUUGAUACGUGUCUAUGCAGUCGAGCGAUGCCAAAAUGGCCAGAUCAUCGGUCUUGAUACUACCACGACGACUGAGCCAAACCAAUCUUCCACGGUCGCCGAGCCCACAAAUAUCGCCUCGUCAGACACAGAAACGUUUCCUUUUGAUCCAUCUUCGACAGUUCUUGUUGUAUCAUCUGCCUCUACUCAGAUGUCUCAAUCUAGCGACCUAUCCCCUGAAACGAACGAGACAACAGAGUCAUCGGAGUCUACACGGAUCUCUGGUUCGCCAACAACAGACAGAGUCACAACAACAACUUCGGAUUCGUCACCCUCGGAUUCACCCUCAUCAUCUCCAUCCACGGAAGCCUCUCUUUUCUCUACGUCCAUUGAGACCACACUCCCUUUCCAGUCCUCUAGUUCCUUUUCGUUUUCUUACACAACGACUGCCCCGUCGGAAUCUUUUCCUUCUGUCAGCACACUAUCCACAGAUCUAUCUUCUUCUUUUGAAACCCAGUCAUCAGAAACUCCUAGUUCCACUGCUGUCUCUAUCGAAUCAUCCUCCUUCUUCUCUUCCGCAGAGACUUCUACCGAAGUCUCCUCCUUCUCAUUCACUGAGACUUCAUCUGAAGAACCCACAAGCACGACUGAUAUGCUUACCACCACUGAAGAGCCUACUACAACCACCACCGCCUCGUGUAAUAGCGUGGAUCCGUUGACGACCGUUGCGUUGGCCAACCCAACUCCCGUUUUUGAUGACGACAUCGACCACGGGAAUGAAUUUAGAGCUAUUACUAUUCCAUGGAUCGACGAUGGUAUUGCGAAAACUGGGCAAAAAAAAUUAUACAUCAGCACGAAUGGCGUAAUAACUGUCGAUACUGGAAAUAACAAUCCCGACAAUGAUUUUCUUACCACGGACUAUCAGGCCAAUCGAGCCUUCCUACCAUACUGGGACGAGCUGUAUCUUGACCGAAACAAAGGGCAUACCAUUGUCUACGAAAUCUUUGAGAGUCAGUUUGGCGUGGAACUUGUUAUCGAAUUCAUUCUUGGAAAAUUCGAUAGCCCUGGUAUAUAUCACUUCGAGGCCAACUUUUUCCAGGACUAUAACGAUGCAGUCAGAUUCCAAUACUACACAACUCCCGAGAAAGGAUCGAGCGCAACAAUAGGCUUUCAAGACCUAUUGUCCGAUCAUUAUGCUCAAGUUUCUUAUAACCGGGCAAACGUUAUCGCAGAUGGGAGCUCCGUCACAAUAUCGACUCGCUAUACAAAUAACUUCGUGAUACUGCCUUUUGAUAAUACUGAGUGCGGAAAGGAUCAGGAUCGAGUGAAAGCCCCGACAGAUCCAUAG